CGUUCCUUCACAAAGAUGGCGGCGGCGGUUACCGGGGGGGUGCAGCACUUCCUUCCCGGUGCCGUCGGUCCGGAAGCGGUUCGGUUCCUUGUCGCCAUGCGUCCGGCCGUGCUGCUGUGGCUGCUGCUGCCGGGGCUGGCGGCGCUGGAGCCGCUGAGCGUUGGGUUGGCUAUUGGAGUGGCCUCUGCUCUCACCGGUUAUCUGUCCCAUCCCAGCUUUUAUUGCAGCUACGUGGAGUGCUGCCCCAGCGCCGGACACCGCCUGAAUGCCACCGCGCUGCGGGAGCAGCUGGACGGCAGGUUGUUCGGGCAGCACUUGGCCAAGGAGGUGGUGCUGCGGGCGGUGACGGGCUUCAGCAACAACCCCAGCCCCAAGAAACCACUGACACUGUCACUACAUGGUUGGGCCGGAACCGGGAAGAACUUCUUGAGCCAGUUGUUGGCCCGGCACGUUCAUCCCGCGGGGCUGAGAAGUAAAUUCGUGCAUCUGUUCCUGGCUACGCUGCACUUCCCGCACCCGCAGCGUGUGCCCAUGUACCAGGAGCAAUUGCAGAGCUGGAUUCGGGGCAAUGUCAGCGCCUGUGCACACUCAGUCUUCAUAUUCGAUGAGAUGGACAAGAUGCACCAGGGCCUCAUCGAUGCCAUCAAGCCCUUCCUGGACUAUUACGAGCAGGUCGAUGGGGUGUCGUACAGGAACGCCAUCUUCAUCUUCCUCAGCAAUGCUGGGGGUGACUUAAUUAAUAAAGCAGCGCUUGACUUCUGGACCAGCGGAAAGCGCAGGGAAGAUAUUCAGCUGAAAGACCUUGAGCCCAUGCUGUCUGUAGGAGUCUUCAAUAACAAAAACAGUGGAUUGUGGCACAGCAGCCUCAUCGACAGGAACCUCAUUGACUACUUUGUUCCCUUGCUGCCCCUGGAGCACAAGCACGUGAAGAUGUGUGUGAGGGCUGAGAUGUUGGCACGUGGGCAUGAAGUGGACGAGCAGAUUGUUCAGGCAGUGGCUGAUGAAAUGACUUACUUCCCAAAAGAAGCGAGAAUCUACUCCGAUAAAGGCUGCAAGACUGUACAGGCCAAGCUGGACAUCCACGAAGACAUUGCAGGAGCCAUGGACUGAUUCACCCUUCAGCUCCAAAGCACUUUCAGAGCCUUUGGAAACUCGUCUAUUUGCACUUGAGCUUUUUGGGUUUGUUAUUUUUUUUACUAUUGCAGGGAACGUGCUGAAAAUCCCAGAGUGAGUGAGUGGUGUGGGAGCUUUUAAGCUUUUGUUUUUAACAUAAAAUCCCACUAUUCAUCUCUAAAUUGGCUGCUAUCCGAAUAUCACCCCUAUUUUUUUAACCUAUUAGAAGACUUAUGAAUGUGUGGUACUGGAUACGACUCUCCUGAUUUACUCCUUUAAGGGUCAGGGUUAUGAAACCCUUUAUUGCCCUUUCCAAAGACCUGCAGCAGAGCUCUUGCAGGCAGUUGUAUAGAGAUGCUCUGGCUUAUGAGACAGUGAAUUGAUUUACAGUGUGAUCACAGCAAGGGCACAGAGCUCGAUGCAUUGCAGCCAGGAGGUGGUUGCUGGGAGGCUCCACCUUCACAUCACACUGAUGCUGCUGGGGCUUCUACACGUGAGACUUCAGCUGUUUAGGGGCUGAAUGGCUGCGUUAUAAUUCAUGUCUGACUUGUGUCACAUCAUGUUUCCCCCUGUAGUAAUAUGGGAAGUUGAGAUGAGCUCAGGGAGAUGUUACUAAACGGUGGAGAAAGGGGAGGAUGGAAUUAUUGCUCCGCUUCCUUAUGGGGAAAAAGAAAUGGUGACUUUUAUUUUCUGUAUUUUUCUUCCUUCUAAUAUUUUUCUAAGGGGGCAAAGUGAAUUUGCACAGUGAUUCCAGGGUGUCUGCCUUCCUCAGCACAGGGAUGGAUGGAAAGGGCUGACUUACAGCACAGCAGUUCAGUUCCAUUUCUUAGGCAGAGAGAAGUUGCUCUCAAGGACCAGCACAUUGUGGGCUUCUGAGCCUGAAGGCUGUGACAUCUCCAUCGGUCCCUGCAGCUGAGGAGUGGCUGUUCCUCCCCUUGACCUGCUUACGAGACACUUUUGUGGCUGAAGUUAUUUUUAAUGGUGUGUUUUUAUACUGAACUUUUAAGCAACAAAAAUGCAACGUUGGAGAACCACAGAGAAAGGGAGUGUGGGAAAGGGCUUCAGCCACCACCAACCCCGUACACCACUGGGUGAUGAGUGUGAUUUUAGAAUAGCUUUUACCACUGAAUGAUGAGGAAGGUGGGGAACACUGAACCUUCUACCUGGUCAGGCUGGUGUAGCUUUAACUCCACCAUCCACCCAUCACCAGUGGAUCAAUCAGUGCUGCAAGACAGAAGUGCCUCAACAUUUCACUGCUUAGUUUUGUUGUAUAGGUGUGGGCUGUUUGAAGCACAGCAUCGACUCCAUCACAGAGGUGAUGCCAAACUACAGCUCUCACCGUUCCCGUGCUCAUGGAAACGACAGCAGGGGGGUCUUAGCAUUAAUGCUCAGCUCUCAUUUCGAAGCGUCAAUUGCCUUUUACAGCUCCACGUGGAGUUUGUCAAAUGUUGGCAAUCUGGUGGUGCUGAUGCAAUCUGGAGCCAAAUGCUGGCCAGCCAUUAACCUUGGGACAUUGGACUGCAGCUUUUCCAUAUGCAAUGUUUUGUUUAUUAACCCACUUAGUUGUAAGCGUAAACGUUCUCACCACUUUCUGUUACUUCAACACUAACUGUUACCGCCGUUGCUGCAGCUGGAAUAAACACCUUCAGUUGUUUCUC